CUGCUUCUUCUUACCACCACCAUCGUCAUGUCUGAAAAACUACGGGAAUUCAUCGAAAUACCUCAGCAAUUUGCUCGUGACGGGAACCAGUUCCUUACACGUUGCACAAAACCUUCCUCGAAAGAAUUCGUUCAGAUUUGCCGUGCUGUUGCUGUAGGCUUUGCCGUCAUGGGAUUUAUCGGCUACUUUGUCAAGCUCAUUCAUAUCCCGAUCAACAAUAUUCUUGUUGGAGGUGCUUAAUUCGGUUCUUCACCUGUAUCAGACUUUGGAAUGGACGAACUUGUGUGGUUGUAAAGCUCGAUGCCAUCCUGCUUUUGCCUCAAAUAUUAUAUGCCAGCGUAAAGUUAUACGUUUCCUAGCGGUAAUACAGAUACAGAGGAAUCACAAGUGGGACCCUGGAUCUGUGUAAGGCGAAGAUUACUAGUAGAUCCAUAGCUUAAUAGGUUUUGGGAGGAAAUGUUCGCAGGCGGUUGUGGUCUGCAGAAACGCCAAGCUCGUAACAAGUC